CCUAAAUGCCGUGAAUCUCCCACUUCCUGGGGUAGAUCAUUGGCAUCACUGAUCUUACGGAAACCUAGGAAGUACUAAGGCAAUUCGUUGGCUUCUUGUAUUCAAACAUGGCUGCUGGCAAUGAGCCUGCGGAACCCCUUGCGAAGGGUAUCGUCGCUACUGCUAGGCAGUCGUGGGGUGAUCUCUUUCGAUGGAAGCAGAGAGUUGUCGUUACGAACGAACUCGGCGAGUCCUAUACGGAAUGGCAUGCUCCCGAGAGGCCCCGAAAUCCUAUCUCACUUUUUAUGCUUUUAAGCGCUAAGGAUUGGGUUUACUUCCUUGUGGGAAUGUAUGCAUGGACUGCCGAUGCCUUCGACUUCCACGCUCUAGCAAUCCAAACCGUCAAGCUAUCAAACUAUUACGGCCGUACUAAGACGGAUAUUACUACCGCAAUUACUUUGACGUUGCUUCUCCGAUCUGUCGGCGCCGCCGUCUUCGGUCUACUCGGUGAUCGCUUUGGUCGAAAAUGGCCAAUGGUUGCUAACCUAAUCGUUCUUGGCCUCUUGCAAAUUGCAACAAUCUACAGUGCGACUUUUGAACAAUUCCUAGCCGUUAGGUCCCUGUUUGGACUAUUUAUGGGCGGCGUAUACGGUAAUGCCGUGGCCAUGGCUCUUGAGAACUGCCCAACUGAAGCACGAGGCCUUAUGAGUGGCAUUUUGCAACAGGGCUAUGCUCUCGGUUAUGUACUCGCGGCGUGUGCGAACCUCGGUGUUGGUGGCGCAACUGAUACUUGGAAGAUUGUCUUUUGGAUUGCUGCUGGUCUUUCUAUCUCCGCCGGACUCCUCCGCUGCUGCUUUCCUGAAUCAGAACAAUUUAGAGCUGCUAAGGCGGCUAAUCACCACAUCUCAGCAGAGGACUUCUGGGCGGAAACGAGGUCUAUGCUUGUUAAAGAAUGGCGUAUGUGCGUCUAUUGCAUCUUUUUGAUGACUUGGUUCAACUAUUACGCGCAUACGAGCCAAGACAGCUACACCACGUUUAUGUUAGAGUCGAAGGAGCUUCCUAAUGACGCAGCGACCAGGGCUAGUAUUCUCAUGAAUACUGGGGCGUGUGUUGGCGGUACCAUCAUUGGAUACCUCUCCCAAUUUAUCGGGCGUCGUCGCGCUAUCGUCGGUGCUGCGCUGAUCAGUUGCUGCCUCGUCCCAGCCUGGAUUCUGCCUACAACUGAAUCGGGCCUCUCAGCUUCUGGAUUUUGGAUUCAGUUCUUCGUCCAGGGAGCUUGGGGCGUGGUACCUAUUCAUCUUAAUGAAUUGUCACCACCAGCUUACCGAUCGACAUUCCCAGGUCUCGCAUAUCAGCUAGGUAACAUGGUGUCUUCUCCGGCGGCCCAAAUUGUCAAUGCCAUUUCGGAAAGCCACUUCGUCGCCAGCAAGAGCGGGAAGUUGGUUGAUGGCUACGGCCCGACCAUGGGUAUUGCUCUUGUGAUCGUUGCGGUUGGUAUUGCGGUGACGGCUGCGCUGGGACCGGAGAAGCGUGGACGAUCUUUCGAACGUGCUGGUCCUGCUGGAGCCAAUAUUCACGUCAAUUUGGAGAAAGUAAUUGAUAGUAUAUCGAUAUCUGAUUCGAAAAUCCACGCCGUUGAAUUGGAGUCUGGUAAAAACGAAGUCUAAAUUAAACGGAAGAAUCAGUUCAUAGAUUCAAUAUUGUCAUAAGUUGCCUUUAGGUACUUCCAUGCUUCUAAGGCAUAGGUACGUGCCGACUUACCUGCAUCGAUACCUAAUAUAUCAUGGAGAUGUGAUGCAGGUGCGAUUUACCUACCUACCUACCUAAGUACCUAUGAAAAUGCCUGUUUCAAUUGUUC